CCCUUGCGAGCUCGGCUAGCAAACCCAAAAUCCGAAACCGUCUCCUCUUCCUGCAUCCGAGCCCUCGGCGGCGGCGCAACCUCCUCUAUUUCUUGCGGUCGGCGGACGGCGGCGGGGCCAGGGUCACCAGCGGACGAGCAGGUAAUAGAUCCAAUUGCAUAUGGAUGUCGCCACCGUCCCUCCUCUUCAGCUAGGGUUUGUGGGGGAGAUCGAGAAGCAACCAAUCGAGACUGAGGCAGGCGGAUCCAAUCCUGCCCGCGGCAAAAAGCGGCCGCCUUCUCCUCCGGGUUGCGAUGAGGAACCGUCCAGCGACGACGACGAGGAAUCAUCCAGCGACGAUGACAGCGACGAUGACGAUGAAUGGUUGGUUAGCGAUAGCGGCGGCGAGGACUGCGACCAGGACGAGAAUCAAGGAGCUGAUGCACUUGGUAAUUUCCCGAAGGCUGGUUGUAGCUACGAGGAGCAGAAUCAUAUUUUGUUUACAUAUCCAAACAUUAAACUUCUAGGGCCUCCACCAAUUAGACUCUACCCUGCAUUCAAAAAUGGUACGCAUGUAUUUGGAUCAGAUUAUAAUCUUCAUGAUAAAUCUGAAACCAACAUCAUCAGUGUUGGGGAUUGCUCAAUUAAAUGCCGAUGCCGCCCAAUGUCUUUGGUUCAGUUCAUUGAUAUUAAUAUUGCUGGAUAUCAUCAUGCUCGGCCUGGACCUGCUAGGAUCUUUGGUUUCAUUGCAGCACGAGAUGAAAUUGAGCCCUUGCGCAAUUAUGUCUAUAGGCGUCAGAUUAGCAAUUGUGAAUCUGUACCUGUGAAGCGAAACACGGGCGUGGCACGUUUGUCACUGACCAGCCCAGCUCGAGUCAUUUCAAUGGUAGCCCGCGCAUUGAUCGAAUUUGAGCUCUAUGUCCGGACCAAGGACCGACCUGAAGAUGAGCCCAAAGAUGAUUGCCUCAUCGAGGGAUGCACGGAGUUCACCAACUUGAUUUCCUCAGUUUCAUACGUUGAACACCGUCGCCUGUACGGCAACAACUGUGCAUUGGAUGUCAAGUUUGCGGUGUUGAUCAAUGCAGUGGAGGCCCGCAUUGACGUUGAGGUCCUCCGCCUGGGUGACAUUGCCAGUGGUAUCAACCUGAAGGUAUAUGCCAAGACUAGUGGCUUCAGGGAGGUGAUCCGACUCUUUGAAGAUGCUGCUCCGAAGCCGGGUGCUGUGAUGAGCUUUGUUGUUGCGGUGGAGACUCACAACUACCUUGAUCUCUACAUCGAAGGGUCUCCUGGAAACAAUCCUGUCCUUGGGCAAAAGGAGGAGCAAGUGUCGCGCUCUUGGUGGAAGUGCAGCUUUGGCUCUAGUUAUCACUGUAUGGAAGAAGAAGUGGCAGAGCUGGGGAAUUUUGGAGAAGUUUCAGUGAAGGUCAACUGGAAAUCCUAUACAAAGAGGGAAUCCUGAAGAUAGUAGCAGAAAAAAAAAAUUCAUUUGCUAACUUCCCCUGUUGCAGAUUAAGCAUGUUAUUUCCGGAGGCCUGGUGUGCAAAGCUACUUACGUAUCAUUAAGUUUAUAUGGUUCUGCAAGUGUAACGUAAUAGCAAUGCCACAUUCACUCAUUGUAUCUGCACGGAAUUGACUUGCCUUGCAUGAUACAAUACUGUUAGUAGAAUAAGGAUAUGAUUUCCCCUUCUGCGGUCUUCAUCUGCUUACAAAAUACUCGUUUCCGAUCUC